GUGAAAUUGUGAUUACUCAAACUGAUGUAUUCAAACAGGUCAUAGUAAUAAAGACGAAUUGAUUCAAUUAAUCUUGGUCCAGCGAGCCCAACAGAAUCAUAAGUUUAAGAAACAUAGUAUAAAUAUAUUCCUUUGAUGACAAAAGCUAUUUAAGAUUAAUUAGACCCUAAAUGGUAAGAAUGUAAAAUUUAAGGUAAAAACCUUACCCCUCGUUCAAACUGUGCAAUAGCAAUUCAUUCAAACUUGUAAUUAUUCUAUCUUUAUUUAGUUUAUAUUUAUAUGGUGGAUAUUAGUAUUCUUUAGGAAUCUUGUAAGACUUUUAUAAACUUAAUAUGACUGCAGAAUCAUUCUAUUGGUAAAAUAUAAAAUGUGAAUAUGAACCUGGACCACGUUGUUGUCAUUCGCUUUGUGCUUACAAAAACAAUCUCUACUUAUUUGGAGGACAAAUAGCUGAUUCAAUAUGUACAAAUGAAAUAUUUGUACAUGACGUCAAUCAUUAAAUUUGGAAAAAAAUAGAAAUAAAUGAGUCAUAUCCAUAACCAUUGGAUAACUAUUGUGCUACUGUUUACAAUGAUUAAUUAAUUUUAUUUGGUGGCUUUUAUUGUGCAGAUAUUUGCAAACAUUCUAAUGAUUUAUAUUCUUAUAGUUUCAAUCUAAACCAUUGGAUUAAAUUAAAUAAAUCUAAAGAAAAAUAACCAUCACCUAGAGAUGGUAGUUCUAUAGCUAUUCAUAAUUCAAAUCUUUAUAUGUUUGGAGGCAAGAAUGGGGAUCUAAGAUAUAAUGAUUUAUGGUCAUUUGAUUUAUCAACUCAAGAAUGGAAUUUUAUUCCUAUUAAUAAUCUUUAUGAUAUUCCGAUGAGUAGAUCUGGACAUUCACUAAUUGUUUAUUAAAAUUAAUUAGUUCUUUUUGGAGGUAUACAUGAUGUUACUUGGGAAUUAGAUGAUUUACAUAUUUUUCGUAUUAAUCAAUAAGAAUGGAAAUCAAUUAAUUAAGAUACUUCUAGAAGAAAAGAAUUAGAACUUCCUUCUCCUACAAAAUACAAUAAAAGUCCUUAAAAAUAAAGAAGAUCUGUCAAAUUACCUUCUUUAUAGAAACCUUUAAGUUUAAGAAAGUCUCCAAAUUCAUCACCAAAAAAAAUUAGACCCUCAUCUUAAUCUUAGUAUUCAUAUUUUUCUAAAAAUCAAAAUCUACCUUAGAAUUCAAAUUAGAAGAAUAAUAACUCUUCAAUUAAUACUUCUGUUAAUCAUGUUUAAGAAAGAAAACAAUUAGAAAAACUUAAGAAAAAAGCAGCUAUGCUUAAACUAUUUGAAGUUGAAAUUAAUAAAAGGGCUUUAUUUUAAGAUGAUUGUAAUGUGACUGAAAAAUUAAAAACUUCAAUAAUUUUAAUUGGAAACCCAAAACAAGAUUUAAAAUUAACAAAAGGAACAUUAACUGAAUUUGGAUAAUAAAUUAUCUCAAAGUAUUAUUUUAUUUAUAUGAUAGAUUUCUUCUCCCCUUAUCAAAUGGAUAAAAUACUAUUAAUGGUAAAAAACCUUGUGCUCGAGAUGGACAUGCAGUAGCAAUAUUCGAUAAUCAAAUGAUUCUCUUUGGAGGAGAUAGACAUACUAUGUCUUUUAAUGAUCUCUAUCUUUUAAAUUUAUUAUUGAUCUGA